AUGCAGAAGCACUACAACGUCCACUUCACCAAGAGUGCCCGGAGCCCCACCGAGCGCUACUUCUUGGAUCCUGAGUUGGGGCACCAAAAAGGAUGCUGUCAUCAAUGGCGCCAGGACCCCAAGGCCCCUCGAGCCCAUGGGCCCUGUUGGCCGUCCCCUCAGUCACACUGGCAGCAGGCCAACCAUGGCCACCAGGGGGGCAGCACCUGGCACCAGGGCCCCCAGAACCCCAUCCUGCAGCAGCAGCAGCAGCAGCAGCGGCAGCCCCCACCCCCCAACCCGCUGCGGCAGCGGCUCUGCCCCAUUCAUGGGGCCCAGAAGGGUCCAUCUGCAACCGCCACUGCCCCCAUGAGACCAGCCAGCGCCCCCCAGCCGCCCCCUGCACCCACCACGGCACCAGCCACGGCCAGCAGCGGCCCAGCCCCGCCGUCUGCAGCCCGCACCCUCCUGGAGCCCAGCCAUCCCACCGAUGCCCGGCCCCUGCCGGCACCCGCAGCCUGUGGAUCUUUCACCUCCUAUGGCUCCGACAUCUUGACAGAGGAUGACGUCUACUGCAGCUGCCUGGCCAAGACUCUAUGCCAUGUGCCCGUCCCUGUGACUGUGGGUUUCUAUGCCCCCUUUGGCUGUCGCCUGCACAUGAUGCUGGACAAGAUAACCACGCUGAUGCAGCAGGAGGCCCGGCAGCGCGAAACCGAGGAGCUGCGGCGCGUGCAGUGGCGGCCGCGGCCCGUGCGCGGCUGGGGCGUCCCGCAGCUGCUGUGGUACCUGGUGUUCCUGCAGCCCAUCAUCACCGAGCUGCACCUGCGACGCAAGAACGUGCAAUUCCUCUUCAUCCGCUUCAGCGCCUGGCAGUACGCGGGCACCGACAAGCUGUGGGCCGGCCUGGUGACCACGCUGUGCGAGGGCAUCCGCCACCACUACGGCGCGCUGCCCUUCAGCGUGUACUCGGUGCUGGGCAACAAGCCCACCACGACGGCGACGAGCUUCUGCCAGCGCGAGUGGCACUGCCGGCGUCGCGUGUGCCUGGCGCUGCUGGCGCUGCUGGCGGCGCUCUGCCUGGGCGUGGGGCUGCUCUACCUGUCCCUGGGGGGCCACGCGCUGGGCCCCCACGGCGGCGCGAGUGGCAGUCUGCUCAAGGUGUUCGGUGGCGCGGCCACCACGCUGUCGGUCGGGCUGCUCAUGGCCGUGUACUCGGUGGGCAAGCACCUGUUCGUGAGCCAGCGCAAGAAGAUCGAGCGGCUGGUGUCGCGCGAGAAGUUCGGCAGCCAGCUGGGCUUCAUGUGCGAGGUGAAGAAGGAGGUGGAGCUGCUCACCGACUUCCUCUGCUUCCUGGAGAUCUACCAGCGGCGGCGGCUGCGCGUGGUGCUCGAGGUCACCGGACUGGACACGUGCUACCCGGAGCGCGUGGUGGGCGUGCUCAACGCCAUCAACACGCUGCUGUCCGACAGCCACGCGCCCUUCAUCUUCAUCCUGGUCGUGGACCCCAGCAUCCUGGCCGCGUGCCUGGAGAGCGCGGGCAACAUGAAGGGCACGGCCGACAACGGCUACCUCUUCCUCAACCGCACGGUCACGCUGCCCUUCUCCGUGCCCAUCAUGGGCCGCCGCACCAAGCUGCAGUUCCUGCACGACGCGGUGCAGAGUCGCGACGACCUGCUGUAUCGCGAGAUCACGCGCAAGCUGCGGCCCCCCGGGGGCGAGGGCGGCGGAGGGAGCGAGGGCGCGCAGCUGCUGGCCGUGGAGACGCAGGCCGGGGCGGAGCGCGCGCAGGGCCGCAUAGACGCGGAGGCCGCGCGGCGCAUCCAGGAGGCGCUCUUCUGUCUGCACGACGAGCGCGACUGUCUCUACGAGUACGUGCCCGACAACGUGGUGUCCAUGCGGCGCAUCGUCAACACGGUCCCCAUCACCGUGCGCCUGCUGCAGCAGCAGCAGCAGGCUGACUUCGGGGGCCCCACUCCCCGCCAGGCUGUGGCGUGGGUCGUGCUGGCCAACCAGUGGCCCUGUCGCCUCAGCUGGGUACUGCAGUGCCUAGAGGACCGGCAGCAGGCCGGGGGCGCGCCCGAUGGCCGCGCGCGCCUUUGGGACGUCUUCUGUGACAACAGCCGCGAGCUGCACACCAUGACCAAGGCGUUGCAGAAUGUGCUGGACCUGGACGGCGACCCCGAGCUCUUUGAGCGCUUCCUGGGCGCCGACUUCCCCUUCACGGUGGCCGAGGCGCAGAGCCUGCUGCGCUGCACGGUCAACCUGGACCACUCCAUCCGUCGCCGGAUGGGCCUCAUCCGGGCAGUCAGCGCGCUCAAGCCGCCCAGCCCGCCCAGGUCCCCUACCCAGGCCUCCCCCACCGCCGCCAGCGGAGCCAGUAAUGCGGGCCGGAUGGCUGGGCAGGCCACUGAAGCCCACCACCACCACCACCACCACCGGGACCGAGCCCACCAGGGCAAGUCAAGGCCGGUGGCCUGA